UAUUUAUCUCCCUGUGUUUCAGAAGAUGUGAAACUUUCUCUACUACAGUUAUUCUAGAUUCUAUUUGUUUUUUUUUUCCUCGUGUUUUCGAAUAUCUCGUGCCUUGUAUUAUAAAGCUAACAACGUGAAAGCAAAACACCUAAACCAUAGACUUAUAUAUAUAUAUAGGCCUACUGCCUAAACUUUCCUGUAGGAAGGGAACACAAGUUUAAGGAACACGAACUUGUCCUUUAUAUGUAGGUUAGUUUAGCGUUGCUGUAAUUCCUAGGUAUGUAGGAAAAUAAGCCGCACGAUCUGAAAGCUCCAUGAACAGUGAGCACGUCCGCAACGCAAUGCCUGAAGGUGAGUAGAGGCAGUCAGUGAAACAUAGUUCUGAUUCAGAUUUUUGAAAUGGAGAGACUCUCGUAAAGGAUAACAACUUUUAGAACUCGAUGUAGACUCUAGAUAGUUGUCGGAGAGCCAGGUAUACUACAAAUUCUGGAGUCAAGAACAAACAAAAAUUAGACCUAGUUAGGCUAUUUUCAUAAAUACAUUGAAUGAAUUAUCUAAAUUAUUGAAACUACAAGAUGGUGGACCGUGAGAGUCAUAUCUGUUGCCUUCUUGUCAAUCUUUGAGAAAAAUAACAUUUUGACAAGAUGGCGGUAUCAACCGGAAUAUCUGAUGAGCUGAUCUGUUCCAUUUGUUUGGAUUUAUUCAACACACCCAUCUUACUGCCAUGUGCACACACCUUCUGCAAGCAAUGUCUGAUUAACGUCUCGGAGAGAUCCACGCUGAGACGGCAACAGAGCUCUCAGGGAGGUGGAUCUGAAGAGAAGCUCCCGCCAACUAUUUUCUGCCCCAAUUGUCGUUUAGAAGUGAAGCUGGGGCUGGAAGGCAUCAACGGCCUCCCCAGGAACACGUCGCUGGCGAACAUCAUUCUUAGCGUGAAGGAGAGCAGGCCCGCUGAGACGCUCCUCUGCGAGGUCUGCGACAACGAUCCCGCCAGAGUCGCGUCCAAGAUUUGCGCCGACUGCUCUUUGACGUAUUGCCUUUCUUGCUUCCGGCAGUUGCAUCCAAUGAGAGGUACUUUAAAAUAUCACGUGAUCAAGGACCCGGGCAGGUCUGCGAUGCCCGUGUCGAGAUGUUUGUCGCCAGUGUUUGAUUCAAAGUCGUCCAGGUUGACCCCAGCAAAAGACAGUUAUGGCACAGACACAGAGUCCGGAGAUGAGAGUGGAACUUACGCAAAUCAGGAUAAAGUUGAGAGCAUUCGGCGUCAAAUUAAAAACAAGAAAAAAGAAUUAAACAAUGCAAUGAAGACUGUACAAAAUUUGCUGAAGACUGUAGAGGAAGAAACCGAGGAAAGAAUGAGAGAAGUGAGGUCAAUAUGUAGUCACAUUAAUGAAUGUGUGGGAGAAAGAGAGGCAGCUUUACUGACCAUUCUAAGUCAGCAGCGCCAUGAAUCUGUCAAGCAAUGUCUUAGCUUGUCUUCUGAAGUCAAGGCCCAGACAUUGACUUUGGAAUUGCUUGAAGAUAAAGUCAAUGAUGUGCUGUCUGUCAAUGCUCUUCAACCAGGAUCUGAUGUGAUAAAUGAUAUAACAUCUCUUCAAGAAAAAGUAGCAGCUAUCCAAUCACGUGCAUUGACCAUGAAAGCCAAACUCAUUCCCAGACAGCCAAAAUUUGGUGAAGUUGAAGUAACCAAAUAUGUUGCAACUCUAGAUUUUGUCAGGGAAAACAAAUUGACCAGUCCUGUGUUCACAGAGUUUCAUCAUCGUCCAGUCACAGGUGGUCCUGCCUUAGUUGAAUUAAAAUGGAAGGCAAUUAAAAAUGCUAAUAAGAUCAUAUUGUCAGCUAGAACCAAGGAUGCUAAAGGUCUUGACAUUAGCACAUCUGUAGAACUUCCUGGAAGUAUGACAUCUUAUGUUAUGGCACUGCCCUGGGGAGACACAGAGUAUCACAUGACUUUGGAAGCUAGCACUGAUGAUGUGUUAUUAAAGUAUCCAAUGAUUGGUCGAAAUUUGAGAACUCUUCCAUACAUCCAUUGUUUUAAGGCCAGAUUCAACCCAGCUACAUGCCACAAAAAAAUUGCUGUAUUGUCUGGCAGGGAUGAAAUAGUCCACAGAAAGUGCAAAAUGGCCAAUCUAAAUAAUGCAUGUCAGAUCACUACCAGUUUUCAGAGGCUGGACACUCUGGAAGGAGCCAUGGCUGAUGAGUGCUUGCCACUACUUCCUCACAUUUACUGGGAGACAAUUCUAUACUUUCAUGUUUUUGGCAAACUUGGGGAUUCUAAGUUAUUGUGUGAUGUAGGAGUGUGCAAACAUGGUUCAGAGAAUGAUUCCGCAUUGCUUUGUGACAAUACCAAAGCUUGCUGUGCAUACUUGGUGCGCAGGAGCAACAAGAUUGCCCUUGAGUUUUGGAAUGGUUUUAACAGAGAAACAUUGCCCCGCAGCAUCCCGGUGCUUGACCUCGACCAAGAGACAGAGAAAACUGUCAAAUUGGGCUUCUACUUUGAUGCCAUGAAAAGAUUGUUUGCUAUUGUUAGCCCUGGAAAUAACGCUAUUUUGUGCCAGAUACAUAUGAAGUAUACUGGAGUUAUUCCAUUGUGUGGCUUGUAUUGUUUCGACCAGGUCUUUGGUAUGAUUAAGUUUACUGAGCCACAAAAACUGCCAAAUGUUUUGUGUAAGCUGAUCAAAGGAAAUACAGUGUAAGCAAACUUUGUUCAUUUCAACAUUGAAAUACAUAUGCAUAUGUAGUUUUCAUGUAUUAGAGCUACUUAUGAAUACAUUGAUGGUUACUUGUAAUGUUAGUGAAGGUGUGGUGCUGUAACUGGGCUUCACACAGUUAUAAAUGUCAAAAUUGGCAUAUACCAUGCUCUCAAAGUCUUGUGUGUGAAGAUUUUUCUGUGUUUCAAGCAACAUGCUGUUUAUAUAUCUCACUGUGAUACUAAUCUGGAUUAGUUCUGUGAUUCAAAAUAUAUUUGAUAAACUAAUUCUUGCAAUUAAAAUUAAGAUUGUACUAUUUGAUCUUCUUAUCUUAUCUUAUAUAAUAAAGACGUUACUUCAAAAAAGGAGACUAAUUAUAACAGGCUAACUUGCUUUAAAAUAUAUAUCAUUUUAUGAAAAUACUUAAGUAAAAAUCUUCUUUGCCAUAAAAUUGUACCUUUGAACCACAGAUUCAGUUGUAUUUAUGUAGUUAAUUAUUAACCCUUUAUAUCUCAGCCUUGGCUCAGAGUUACAAAAGACAACCAAGAAACAUUUACUAGUAGGGCCUACUUUUGUUCAAAUUGAUUAUUAAACACUUUAAUUCAGUAGAAUUGGCUUCAACUUUCUUGAAGAGAAUUUCUGACAAAAUAAAAUAAUUUCCUUUCAAAAUUAAAGAAUGUGUAAAUUAAAAGAAGAAAUUUAAUCUUAAAUAUGCAUUGGGAGCAGUAAGAUGGGUAUAAAUGUUUAAGGAAGGGUGAAAGCGGUUUGACUCCUUUCAUCAUUUCCCAACAUAUUCUUUCACUGUUUACCAUAUCUUAUACAAUAUUAUAAGUAGUUGUGUUAGAUUUGAUUACAUAAACAUAUAUCAAACUGUAAUUAGAUGACUAGUUAAGCAUGCCUGAUUUGACUGAAUAUACAUUGGGAUGUCAUUUAUGUAGACCAAGGAAACAAUGCAUAAAUACAGUUGUAUAUUUCCAUGCACCAAUGAUUGAUAUUUGAUUUUUAAUGCUGGUGACAAAAACAUUCACUAUUACUAUCUUCUUUAAAAUAUUUACCAUUAUUUAUCUUCUAGAAUGAUAGACAUUUAGGAUGCCACAAGUGUGAUAUUUCCUCCAUUCCUAUCAUUAAAAUGUCCAUGAUUCACUGGCUUAUUAUAGGAACUAACCAGUUAGUGUCUUUAAUGGUGCUGUGUCUCAAGCCAGCAAAUCAAAUGAAUUCUUUAUGUAAAUUAUAAAGCAUAAACAUAUCAGUUGAUUGACUAAAUAAUAUAAAGAAUGAUCUCAUGUAGCCUAAAUGUUUGUGUAAGAAAAUGAAGUGGCUCUAUUUUAUAUUUAGACUGGAUUGUGAGUUUCUUUCAGCAAAAUUUAUGUUCCUUGUGUCAAUUAAGUCCAUAAGUAUUAUGUUAUGAAAUGUACAUUGCUGGAGAUUCUGCUCCAAUUUUGGUCUAAAGUAGAGUAUACAUUUUUAAGCACAGACUUCUGUAGAGUCUGUGGUCUUAUGUAAGUAUUUUGUCUUUCAAAUAACUUUUAUUUUCCUUAAGUCAUUAUGUAAACUUCUAUAACCAAAUGUACAUCAAUAAAGAAGUUUGUUAUGAAUAGACAAAUAUUGUAGCUAUUUUGUUCCCAUUGAUAAUUAUGUGAUUUAAAAAAAAAAUUCAAUGUGACUGAAACAGCAUUUUUUUUUAAAUAGAAAAAGUGGAAGAAAGAAAAAAUCAACUAAGGUUUCAAAAAAUGGAACUCAUUUUUUACUUAGCUUCCCUAAUUCUUUUUCCUAUCAAACCUAAAUGAAUUAUAGAAGCAUUUUGAUUCUCAUUACCUUGAAUAAUUUAAAUGGAAGCAUAUAGUUUCUGUUUCUUUUGUUAUGAUUUAUGAACAUUUUCAAAAUGGUAUGCUUAUGGACUCUAAUUUUGAAUAGACAAAAAGUGGAAAUUAUUAUGAUGACAUAUAUUAUUUAUUUUACAAAGGAAAAGAUACCCAAAUACCUAAAUUUAAAAAAAAAGCAUCUUUUUCUCUUUUGAGGGCCACUCAAAAUAUUGGGUAAUAUUUAAUAAGAUUUGUUCACAUGCUUAAAAACAAGCUAAAUUUAGCAUUGAUAUUGUAAAUCCACUUUAAAUUUUAAUUAUGUGGGAUAUAGUACCUGAUAUUUAUUCUUAUUAAUAAACUUUCUUAAACAAACAGGAAUGUAAAUUCAGUUCAUUUCAAUAAAACAACAACCAUGGCCUGAUAUGAAAACAUUAUGAAAUCAGGGCUAUGUAUAGAUAAAUAAGUAAAUGUUAGAGUAAAACUUUCACAUAAUAAUCUCGUCAAAUCUUGUUAAAUUAUCCUUUGAAGUUUAAAUAAACUGUGAUAGAGAAUCCAAAACAACCUUUUAACAAGGAUAUUAUCAAAGAUGGGGGUGCAGCAGUGGCUGAGUGGUUAAGCACUUGGCUUCCAAACCUAGGGUCCUGGGUUCAAAUCUCAGUGAAGACUGGGAUGUUGAAUUUUGGGAUUUUUAGGGCGCCCCUGAGUUCACCCAACUAUAAUGGGUACUUUUGGUCACUGUGCUGGCCAUAUGACACCCUGCUUUUUAACCAUUGGGCAAAGAAAAAAAAUGACCUUCACAUCAUCUGACCUAUAGAUUGCAAGGUCUGGAAGGGGAACUUGACCUUACUUUGCUCUAGUAUCAAUGAUAAAUUCUAAAGAAAGAUUAAAAUUAACUUGUUUUGUUUUUUUAUUUUUAUCUUGAGUUUCAAUAAGACAAAUAUGAAACAUAAAUUGUUUUUAAUAAAACAUUAUACACAAUAUUUAAGUCUCUAAAAUUUUAUGUGUCAAAACUCAA